AUGACCACGGACUCGGUCAUCCAUGCGGCUGGAGUCCUGCUGGUGCCCCUGAGGCUCGGAGGAAGGGCCGUGUUGAUAGAGGACCAGGACCCUUUCUCCGCGCAUCCUGGGGCUGAGAUAAAGCCCACUGACCGACAGCAGAAAGCCAUAAAGAUCCAGGCGUGGUGGCUGGGCACCCUGGUGCACAGAAUGCUGCUGCACACGGCGCUUGGAGCCUGUGUCAUUCAGCGCUGGUGGCAGCUGACGCUGGGGAAGAAGCUCGCAGAGAGGCGGCGGGUGGCCCUGGAGUCCUAUGCACAGCAAAUACGGGCAGCGGUCAGGCUGCAGGCCCAGAUGCGCAUGUGGCGAGUCCGCCUCCAUUACUGCCGCUUGCUGCACGCCGCCCGCGUCAUCCAGGCGUACUGGUGCUGGCAUAGCUGCCACACCUGCGGCUUUAUCCAGGGCAGCUAUGAUAUCACAUCAAACCAGCUGGGACUGGAGCUUGAGAUCUUUCUGGGGUCACAGAUUUGCCAGGUCACAGACUGCAUCCCUUUCCCAGUAAAGAAGUGA